UGGGUGUGCAUAAGUACAGAAGCCAGAGGACAAUUUUUGGAGUCUUAUCUCUCCUUCCAUCAUGAGCCCUGAUAAAGGACCCCCCCACCUGGAGACUUUGGAAGCUCUGCUUGAUGGACUAGAUGAGUUGAUUACAGGGAAGGUUCAUCCCAGGUACCUGAAUACCCCCUUGGAGACCCUGUCCAUCACUUGCUGCUGGCUCUCACAGUCAGACUUGGGUUACCUGAACCAGAGCCUGAACAUCUGUGAGCUCAGACAUCUGAACCUGAGCAAUGUAGUGCUAUCUGCUUUAUGCCCUAAGCCCCUUUGGGUUCUCUUAGAUAGAAUCACAAGUACCCUGCAAACCCUGGAAUUGGAGGAGUGUGGCAUGAGGGACUUCCAUUUCAAUGUGAUCAUGCCUGCCCUGAGCCAGUCCCAGCUUACCAAGGUCAAUUUCUGUCAGAAUGAUAUCUCUCUGCUUAUCCCGAAGAACCUUCUACAUCACACAGCCAAACAGCAGCUGACCCAGGAGAUGUAUCCUGCCUCUCUGGAAUGCUAUGACUCCAUGACAAUACUCAGAGACAGAUUCAAGCAACUUUGUCCCGCGCUCAGGGCCAAAAGACAGCUGAAGAAAGUUUCCUUUGCUACAAGAACCUGAUGGGUCUAUUUUCAACCCUCUUCCUCUAUGACCUGGAUGCCAGACUUUGCCUUUGCCCAUAAGUAGGAUAAGGUUGCUUCUGGUACUGGGAAUGGAAGCCCUAGUGUAGGGAGUGUAUGUGCACUGUGUGUAUCCUUGAUUGCAUAUAAUAAAUGUGCUGAGUUUGUGGGGUU